GUCUAUCUUCUCAUUCUGAGUGUGACUACCCUAAGCCUUUUACUUGCCCCUGCCCUGUGGAGAGCUGCGAUUAUGAAGUGCGUUCCAAGACCUGAGAGACGCUCAAGUACUGAGAUUUGCACACCUAGAAGAAUUAACUCUUUUUUCAAGGAAUCUCCUCGUUGCUCAUUGCAUUUCUAUGCACUCAGAAAACAAGACAUUUGGAGCAGUCUUCUGAAUGUGCACUUGGUUAUAAGCCUUAUACUGACCUUCGAAGAGAACAACAUUCAGCAUCAAAACAUGAUUCUGUCGUUUGAAUUGCACAGCUCUGACAAGACUGACUUUCUCCCUGACAGAUAUAUAGAUAUAUAUAUAUUAUGGUGCCUAUGAUAUCUUCUUUCAGUAAAUGACUUGAGUCAUUUUUUUCACAUUUAGGCUCUGAAUAGAGAUAAAAUUAAUCACAGAACAACUUUCUAA